GUGGACUGAGAGGAAACUGCUGCUUCGUGUCGCGGUGGUGGUGUAAGAACUGCGUUUUUCCCUCGGCCACGGCACGGGCGACGUGUCAGAACACGGUACACGUACACGGUACAGUAGUAGUAGCGUAGAUAGUACUGCUGGCCAAACAAGGAAAUACGAGUGUCAGUGUGUAGCAUCCAAGUUAUUAGUUAAUCCGAUCCGUCCGUGUGUGAUCACUGGUGAGUGACGCGAGUGGAUACAUACAGCAACAGUGUGGAAUAGAGCUCCGUUCCUCCCGUGGAUCCUGGUGAGAGACCUUGGUGGACGUCGUCAGGGAUGGCGCUGCUGACGCUCCACCGAACCCCAUCUGUGUGCACCACGCCAGAUGAAGUCAUUCCAAGAAGAGGAAGACUUCAGAAGAGGGAAAGUUUCGCUCUGGUGAAAGGGGCGGUGCUUUUGCUGGAGGAUGGGGCAGGGACAGGGGAUGAGACUCCACCCACUGUGAGCAAGCACCGCCCCCCGGGGGCUGGCAAGGCAGUCAUUCAGCACCGACACCUCCAUGCCAUGGUGUCACUGCUGCGACCCGAAGACACCCUCAAACUGGCGGUGCGUUUGGAGUCGGUCAGUCCAGUCAGAGUGAGAUACUUACUGAUCGUUUCUACCACGUGCAAUAAGCACGAGAGCCUCUUGCUGGGAGUUGACUUCCCCAACGGAGACAGCGAUCAGUGUACCAUUGGUCUGGUCCUUUCCAUAUGGAGCGAUACACAGGUGUAUCUGGAUGGAGAUGGUGGGUUCAGUGUUACCUCAGCGGGUGAUACCAGGACUUUCAAACCAGUGUCCAUUCAAACCAUGUGGUCAGUACUGCAGGCGCUGCAUGGAUGCUGCGAACGUGCAGUAAAGGGUGCCCUGAUUCCUGGUUCUGGACUGAGCUGGGCUCGGAACUACGCUGCCCAGAUUGAGUCGGAUCAGCUCUGCAUCAACGAGUGGUGCGCCAUGACGGGGUUGGAGUCGGUCAGGAGGGACGAUGUGGGGCACAGUUCCUCGGAGAGAGCGACGGUGGAGAGGAGGAUCAAAGCGCAGCUUCGAGAGAUCAUGCGGAGUGAGGACCUUGAGAACAUCACGUCUAAACAGGUCAGGAGUGCCCUUGAGAAGAACAUCGGCAUGGACAUGAAGGACUACAAAGAGUUUAUUGACAAUGAGAUGAUGGUCACCAUGGCUCAGAUGGACAAGCCCUCCCGAAUAUUUGACUACCUGUACCUGGGCUCUGAAUGGAAUGCAGCCAACUUCGAAGAGCUACAGAAAAACAAUGUCGGCUACAUUUUGAACGUAACCCGGGAGAUAGAUAACUUCUUCCCUGAAUCCUUCACCUACAUGAAUAUCCGUGUGUACGACGUGGAAUCAACAGACCUGCUCUCUCACUGGAAUAACACGUACUCUUUCAUCAACAAAGCCAGGCAGAGCGGCCAGGGGGUGCUGGUCCACUGCAAGAUGGGCGUGAGUCGCUCGGCCUCCACCGUGGUGGCGUUCGUCAUGAAGCAGCAGCACUGGACGCUGGAAAGAGCCCUGGCCCACGUGCGCGAGAGACGGCCCAUCAUUCAGCCCAACGAGGGCUUCAUGAAGCAGCUGCACACGUACAGCGGCAUCCUCUCUGCGAGUCAGCAGCGUCACAGCACUCUCUGGAGGCGAAAGUCACGGGAGAUUAGGAAAAUGUCGUACCAGAGCAACGAGGAGGAGGCAAGUGACGAGGAGGAGUUGGAGGAGGGGGAGGAGGAGGAGGAAGAAGAAGAAGAAGAAGAAGAGAAUUAUGAUGAAGAGGAAGAAGGGGAGGUGUUCCACGAGCCCUGUCCUCCAGGGGACUCCCUCCCCCCAACACCUGGCCCCUCGCAGGAGUCUCCCUCGUCAACCCACCACAUUACUGUCCCAGACAGCGACAAGAUUCUCCAGAGCCCCAGUCGGAGUGGGAGAAUGAAUCUCUUCUCACUGAUGCAGUCGAUCUGUGAACAGGAUGAGGAGGACAGGAACACCGACAAAGAGACUGCUGCCGGUCAGUGGAGGUCACCAGGGGAGCGGAGGCGGAGCCAGGGAAGGAGGGGCCUUAUUCAUCAGAAGGCCCAUGUGGACCUGUCCCCUGAGCCACGCAGCCGUUCCAGAUGCGAAGGCGCGGUCAGUGAGAAGGCAGGUGCAGUCAGCCCCUCACCUUCCAACGAAAUGAGUGGAGCGGGAAAUGGGGGUGGGGGGGACGUGGGACGUGCAGCAGAGAAAUAGGUGGGGCCUCGGCGGAGCAGAGAAUUGGGAGGAGCCUUGAAGCGGGAGGGAAAAGCUACUCAGGAGAUUCAAAACAGGAGAGAAGAUUUUCCGCCACACGGAAAAGCGAAAUAGUUCCAGGAUGGUGACAGCAGUAGUUUUACAGCAAAAAUGGAGUGACAGCUACGGAUAAAACAUACCGGUAUACUAUCAGUGUGCAGUACCUCACUUAACUGCACAAGCACUGCUUUUUGGAUGGACUGGAUGCCCCUGUGUCCAAGCCCAUGUUCAUACUGUAUGUUACAGCGGUAAAAUACUCACUGCAGGUUCACUUUAUACACUGACAUUAGCAGCUCUCAGUACUACUAGUCCUUGACUUUCCACUCCAUGUGCUCCUUCUGCUUACUCGCUCCACUCCAGUGUUUACCACCUUAUGGAGAAAUCCAGAUGUUUUUACUGAGCUGUAUGGGCAAGAAAUGUUUUCAUAAAUAUUUGGACAUGCAUUUUAGGUUUGCUAAGUUAUUGUAUUACAUUUGUGUAUUAUUUUAGCAUUAUUCUGACAGAACAAUUUACACACACACCUUCACUGUCUCUCUGUUCCCUCUCUCCAUUCUAUGCAAUAUUUGAUUUUAAGCUGUAUUUUAUUCCAAGAAUGUGAAACAUGCAGGAAUUAGAUAGUAAUCAGGGCCAUGCAUUUUUAUUUCUCUCUUGGCAAAAAAUACAGGUUUCAACAGGACUCCUAGAGGUAGGAGAGUGUUGAUAUUUUUUUAUGAACAUGUGUUUUUCUGGGUAAUAGGACUUUUUGCUAAAGUGUGUACCCCAUUAUAACUGCACAUUGCACUAAGAAUAUGUACAAAUUGUACUAGAAGUAAAUCAAGAAUUCCAGUUUAGUCUUAGCCAUAAAGUAUUGGUACAAAUGUCAGGAGUAUUUUUUUUUUUUUUUUUUACAGCUUGGCUGUUUUAGUGCCUUAAGCCAAAAGAGUUAUGUUUUAAAAGAAUGUGGCCCUCCAUAUUGAGAUUUGAUCUUGAGAAAGUUGAGAGCUGGUAUUUUUUUCACCUGUUUUUGUCACUGUGCCUUGCUGGGAGUUUAUAAAUAGUUGGUAUGCUUGUGUGUGUGUAUAUGAAAAGUAUGCCUGUAUCUAAUGCAUGAAUGUGACCAAAUGUAUUAUACUGUAUGUAUUAUAUGCGUGCAUUUGCUUUAGAAGUAAUGUAGUGCAGUAUGUGUGCCUAACCCUCUGCAAACAGACUUAAGAGUUCAAGUUGACAUCAGUCAGAAUUGAACAAAAACCAAAGAUGAACACAGUAUACAGUGUAUUGUAGUGGGUUGUAUUGCAUCUGUUAUACAAAGCGCUGUUCUGAACUUUAUUCUACUGAAUGUCUAACACUGCUUGGUUCUCGAGUGUUGUUGCCAGUACCUAUAUCACUGAAUGUUUACAGCUGUAUAAAUGACUAUAUUAAAA